AUGUAUUUUACUUCCAUUUCCUCUUUCGUAGCCACUGUAUUUGAGACGUCAUUUGGGGAGACCUUUUCCCCUGGUGGCUUCACAGCAACGACUUUACCAAAUACUCAGAGCCAUGCAUCGCAACAGUCGUCCUCUUCCUCUUCACUAUUUCAGUGCACAAAUGAGGGAUGUGUUCGCACAUUCAUGUCGCUUUCCUCUCUUGAGAGGCAUCUAGCCUAUGGGGAGUGUGAAGUGCGUGACACUCGAGCAACAAUGCUCGACAUGGCAAAGAUCAGGUACACUCAUCGUCUUCAGGAGGGAGCAUCAACAGCACUGACAAGACCAGGCCACCAGCAAGACCCUGCUGCACACCAGCUCGAAAUGGGAUGGGCGCUGAAAUCCACCAAGAAGACCAAGCGCUUUUCAAAGCGUCAGAAAAAAUAUCUAGAUGACAUGUUUUCCAUUGGGCAGCAGACUGGUAACAAAGCUGAUGCCUCCGCGGUCGCGCGCAACAUGCGCUACGCAAAAAAUUCAGACGGCGGGCGCUUGUUCAAUCCUGAAGAAUUUUUAACGCCUCAGCAAAUAACGUCUUACUUUUCCAGAAAGGCUCUGAAGAACCGACAACGCCAGUCCGUAGACAGUGAUGAUGAGGAGGCGGCGCUAGAAGAGCACACAUAUGCAAGUACUAGAACCCUAGUGAUAAGAGAAGUCGCGCUUCAGCAUCCCAUCGCCUAUGACCACUUUAACCUAUGCGACAUGAUGGUGGAAGGGAAGUUGAAGCAGCUCAGUGUUGUAAUGCUUCGUCAGGUGUGUGAGCAGCUUGACAUCCAUAUACCUCCAAGCACUCGGCGGAAAGCUCUGUUUAUUGACCUACUCAGUGAUGUACUCAAGAAAUGUACCUGUCACUCCUCCUAAUGCCCAAUCGCAACAAAUCCAAAGCCAGUUCCAACUGUGAAGCGCCAAAGCCAGAUCCCCCUGUGGACAGCGCCAGAGCCAGAUCCCUCGUAGACAGCGACAGAGCCAGAUCCCCCCGUAGACAGCGCCAGAGCCAGAUCUCCCCGUAGACAGCGCCAGAGCCAGAUCCCCCUGUGGA